GGAGGUGCUGGGCGUGCUGCAUUGGAAAUACUAAGAAAAUGUAGUAACCUAGAAAUUGAGUUUACGGGAUAAACUGCAAACAAUCUGCAACUUUUAAAGAGUCUUUUAGAGGAGUCAUCAAUAAGUUGGCUUCAGAAAGUUGAGGGAGAGAUAGCAGAGUCAACAUCAUUUUAUCUUAAACCUGAAGAAAGUAAAGAAAAUCUUUUAGAGAAAAAAAACAACAUAAUUUCAUUUUAUCAAAUGGACUACAAAAAUAUGAAACCUUUUUUUAAAGAUUAUGAUUGGAUUGUGGCGGACUUCCGGCACAACAAUGCAUGCCAUGAGCUACAAGAAAUUUCUAAAAGAUUGAAAAUAAACGGAACUCUUGUUCUAGGAAGCAUUGAUAAUGUACACGCGGAAGAUAGCAAUAUUGAUUCCUUCAGUUUUUUAAAACAAAAUUUUGUUUGCCUAGAGACUAAUAAACAUCCGCAUAUGUACAAAGAAUCAAAAAAUAAGCACAAGUACGCUAUAUCUUAUUUAUCUGUAUGGAAAAAACUUAAAGAUAAUAUAAUUUGUAUUCAACCAUCUCUAAUAAGUAAAAUGGAAAUACAUAAAUCUACCAACUAUUAUGACGAUGAAAACACUUUAAAAUCGUAUGAGUUGUUUCACUACGGAAAAGAACUUUUCUCUGUAAAAAACUUUUCGAAGCAUAUUGCCGAAGUAUGUAUUUUGGCUGCGCGUAAGUACAAAACUGGAUUAGAUUCAGCUUUGGAUGCAGGUUGUGGACCUGGAAGAACUGCAAUUGAACUUUGCGGUACUUUUAGAGAGGUUGUAGCUUACGACUACUCAAGUAAAUUUGUGGAAUUGAUGGAGAUAAAACAAAAGGAAAAGAAUGUUUUAAACCUCAUAACAUUUCAAGGAGAUAGCCAUUGUCAACAAAAGUUGUUCCCUGAUCAAAUGUUUGAUCUGAUUCUUGGAUGUAAUCUUAUUGAUAUUCUCCAUACGCCAAAAGAAUGGUUGGUUCAGUCCAAAGCAAUGUUGAAGCCAAACGGGAUUUUUGUGAUCUCAUCCCCCUACUCUUGGAACAAUGAAUACACAGCGAUUGAUAAGUGGAUUGGAGGAAAAAAGAAAAAUGGUGAAAAUUAUUUUACAAUAGAUGGAUUAAUAGAUAUUUUGUCCCCAGAGUUAAUACUUCUUGAGGUUUUAAGUAUACCAUUCAUCAUUCCAGACGCCGAUGGAACUUAUCAAUAUACUAAUAGUAUUUGCACAAUAUUUGGAGCUGUACGUCCGUCCGAUAAGACAUUUGAACUUACUAAAAUAUAAUAAAAUAAUAUUAUAACAUUUAGCAAUGAAUUAAAA